UCCUCUUCUUCUUGCUCUUCUCGUUUUCUGGUUUUUCGUUAAUCAUAACUUGUUUGCUUUGCCAAACCAUGGAGAUGGAGCAGAGUGACCGGCCCAAACACGAUUAUUCCACUCUUCCUGAAGACAUCCUCACUAAUAUAUCCAAACGCCUCCACUCAAUCGACGAUACUCUCCGUUUUCGGGCUGUUUGUGAUAUGUUUCGCUCUCUAGUCUCAACUCCUUUGACAAACCUAAUUCCAAAGUCAGCUCGACGGAGCUCAUUUCGCUUGGGCCCACUCAAUAACCGUCGCACUCAGCAGCAAAUCAGGCGAAUCCAGAAACCUGCCAGCCACUUUUUACUAACCGAGUCGACUGUUUACGCCGUCGAGCCACGUCACCCUAUCUACAACCCACUCGAAACGACGCAAACGUGGAUGAUCAGAAUCGAGCACACAAACUCCGGCGAAGUCCGGCUGAAGGAUCCGCUUUGUGGAUAUCGUUUCCAAAGCCUGUAUAACAAGUUACCGAAAUGUUUCAACUUGUUGGAUCAUCAAAUUAAAGAAAUAACAAAAGCUUAUCAACUUGAACCGGCCCGAAAGUCUAAAGGAAGAAGCAGAUUGUUUUAUAAGGGAUCGUUUAAAAAAAGGCCAACUUUUUUCGUAAAAGUUGUGGCUUCUACGGCUACGGCUCCUGACGAUCAGUUCUCUGUUAUGGCAAUUCAUCGUUCAAGUAAACUGUUUGCAUGGAAAAUCGGAGAUAAAAGUUUAACUGACAUAUUCCUUGGUCAUGAUAGUUAUGAAGAUAUAAUUUAUCAUAAUAGAAAAUUCUAUGCGUUGGAUUAUAUGGGUAAGACUCUAAGUGUAGAUUCUCGGUCUUUCGAAGUUAUUCGAGUCACGUAUAUGGAUAGCAUUAUCCCUGCUGGACGACAUCACUUCGUGAAGUCCUGUGAGGGCCUGUUCUUGAUUUUCCGGUGCUGGGCAUACGAAGAUAGCCGGAUGUGUUUUGAGGCUUUUAAGCUUGACGAAGAGAGAAAUCAGUGGGUUCCGGCGGUGCAUGAGUUGGAGGAUAGGGCGUUGUUUGUCGGUGAGGAUUGUUCGUUCGCUGUUUCGGCUAAAGAGUUCCGUGGAUGUAAAGGGAAUUUUAUUUACUUCAAAAGUAAUAGCUUCUCUAAAGGCGUUAAUGAAGAUUACCCCGGAGCCUCUGCUGGGAUUUUUAACUUUAAGGAUAAUAGUGUUGGUCGGCUGGCGGUCUUCCCAGGAUAUUCCGAGAUUUUUUGGCCUGUACCAUCGUGGCUGAAUUUCCAUGCUGCCUCAACAUCUACUCAUGCUCCUCACUAAUAUGACUAUCGCAUUUGAACGUGAUUGGAAUAGUCACUGAUUGAAGGCUUGUUGGAUCAAUGUUCUGUGCAGCUCUAACAACUCUUGUCUGCAGUUCUCUGGUACUAAGAUUAGUUCGUAGUUCCUUGUCUUAACUGUAGUUCAGUCUUUAUAUUGUGCGCUGGGUUUGUGUUAAAUAAAUGAGAUCCAGAGUUUUUCAAAAGUGACAAAGACACCCAGUUAUUUUAAAACAAUGGGUGUAUCUCUCACUUUCGGAAAAACUAU